AGUGGCUGAAGUUGGAAAGGAAUUUCUGGUUGUGUAUCUCAUGUCAGUGUUUAUAGAAAUAAUGCACCAUUAUGUUCAAUCAUAUAACUUGAAAUAGCAGUGCAAAUAUGGCCUCUUCAUCGACUGGUCAAGGCGUGAUAAUCUUUCUUAUGUGAUGUGAGGUUGUGACAGAAUUUUCUAAGCUCUCCUCAGUGAUACCGUGGUCCUAUAAAAGUGUCGCGCCCUGCUAUGGAGCUUGAGCCACAUCCGCAGACGACUAGCUUCCGGGUGUCUGCUACAAAAGAGUGUUCAUGUAUUUUUGAUGAUCCUAGAUAAUGGCCGAAUCUUCGAAUAUUGAGAAUGCCUUCUGGUUGAUAGCUGUGGCAGCACUAUGGGGAUCAACAAAUCCUUUCAUCAGGAAGGGCAGUGAAGGGAUUGAGAAAAUUAAACAUGACAGCAGGAUAAGGCAGUUCCUUGCUGAACUAGGAUUUAUUUUCUUCAACUGGAAGUACUUAAUCCCCUUCCUUGUGAACCAGUCUGGAUCUGUCUUGUUCUACAUAACACUAGCAUCAGCAGAGCUGAGCCUUGCAGUACCUCUCACAAAUUCCCUGACGUUCAUUUUCACCAGCCUGUCCGGGAGGCUUCUUGGAGAGAAGAUUCAACAUUGGGAAACAUAUGCAGGCAUGGUCUGUGUGGUGAUGGGCGUGGCUCUCUGUGUGUACAGCAAAACAUGACAGUAAAUCAUUCUGUCCUCCACUGGGAAAUUACAAAGUGACUUUUGAGAACAUCAGAGAGAUUUGCUCAAUUUCUUCAUGAGGAACAUUGCAUAUCAUCUAGCAGAUAAAAUCUGAUUAUGUUCAAGAUAAAGGAAAUUAUGCAUUGUACAUACAUUCUGCAGGACCAUGGAUCAAGUUCAUAUAAAUGUUAAACAUGUUUGAAUUUAUCCCUGUUCAAUGAAAAGUACCUUAAUUUACCUUUCCUUGGCAAAGUGCUGGAUUUGUAUUCACAGAUCUUGAAAAGUGCUGGGACUUAUAUAUGAACAAAUCUCCACUCAAAAGAUUUACGGAAUUAAUUAUUGCUCUAAUUUCAUUGCUGUGUUUACUUCUUUGUCACUUAAAUUGAGCAGCAUUACAACUGGGUUCCUCUCUAGUAAAGUUGUCUUGGAUUAACACUGCUUGACCAUCCAUCAUAAGUGUUUCACAUAAAUGCCUGUAAGUAAAUGCAAGUACGCUGUAUAGUCGCAAUGUCCCGUUAAUUUUGUUUUGAAGGUGUUUUGAACUGGAUAAUUGGGAAAUGCCUGUUGUCUUCGUGAGCUUGAACUUGAGAAGGAUGUCUUGAUGUUUUCCUUUGCUUUGAAAUAUGAUAUAUAUUGAAAUAAAAAGAUGAAGUGAAUGAGUAUGUUGGGAUUUAAACCACUUUUAGCAAUAUUCCAGCUCAGUCAUGGCAGGGGACUCCAGAUAUGUGCUUAGCACAUUGUACCCAUGUGGUUCAUUGCACCUGGGCCUUCGGCAUGACGAGCAAACUCUUUUACAAUAAGGCUACACCACCCCCAAAAAAGAGAAACAUCUGAUUGUGAAUAUUUUUUAAGAAACCACAUGUUUAAGCAAUCAGUAGCAUUGAUAUUAUUUUUUUAAAAACAACUGAGGUUCAUGUAUGUUUAUCCUGGUAAAAUAGAAAGAAAUAGAUGGUUAUCAACAUCAAAUACAUUCACUUAAGAAAAUCUGACCUGGGGACCAUUAUUUACACAGACAUAUUUUUCUGUCUCUCAUUUCUACCAAUAUUUCAUGAAAUGUACCUACAUUGUAUUUUUCACUUUAUAUGAUGAGGUUAUGUGCAUUAAAUUUAUUUUGUGUUAUUA